UGCCGCCGCCGGUCUGGGGCUGAGCCGGGCUUCCCUCGAUCCUAACUUAGACAGCGCCUCGGAUCAGCCUGGACCUCCUGACCUGCAGCUACGGAAUAGGGGCAGAAGGCGGAGGCUCCAGUUCAGCCAUGGUGGACUGAAACUCCGGAGAGUUUCCUGUCCGAUUGGAAGAGGCUGCCUCCCUCCACCCGUCCAGGGCUCCCGGGGGGUGGGGGAGCGAAGAGGAUAGCUGCUCUUUCUUUCCCGCUUUCCUCCUUUCUUUCUUGUUUUCUGUCUCUAUGGAGCAGCUAUUCCCCGCCCUCGACCAUGCCUAGGAAAGUGGGGAAUGGGCAGCUCCCUUUACCCGAUGGCUGGGAGGAGGCGAGGGAUUACGAUGGGAAAGUCUUCUAUAUCGACCACAACACCAAGCAGACCAGCUGGAUCGACCCCAGAGACAGGUUAACAAAGCCAUUAUCCUUUGCAGACUGUGUUGGAGAUGAGCUACCAUGGGGAUGGGAAGCUGCAUACGACCCUCAGAUUGGUGUCUACUAUAUCGACCACGUAAACCAAACCACACAGAUUGAAGAUCCAAGAAAACAAUGGAGACAAGAACAAGAGAAAAUGUUAAAAGAUUAUCUCACAGUAGCACAAGAUGCACUCAGCACUCAAAAAGAGCUGUACCAUGUGAAAGAACAGAGGCUGGCACUUGCUUUGGAUGAAUAUGUACGGCUGAAUGAUGCCUACAAGGAGAAAUCAAGCUCUCGUACAAGCUUAUUCUCAAGCUCCUCUUCUAGCACCAAGUAUGACCCUGACAUUCUGAAGGCAGAAAUCUCCACUACAAGACUAAGGGUUAAAAAGCUGAAGAGAGAACUGUCACAGAUGAAGCAAGAAUUACUAUAUAAGGAGCAAGGCUAUGAAACAUUGCAACAAAUUGACCAAAAAAUGUCUGGAGGCCAGAGUGGGUAUGAACUUAGUGAAGCCAAAGCCAUUGUGAAUGAGCUGAAGUCUAUUAGAAAGGCCAUAAGCUCUGGUGAGAAGGAGAAGCAAGAUUUAAUGCAGAGUCUUGCAAAGUUGAGAGAGAGAUUCCUCCUCAACCAAACAAUUGACAGUUCAGAACCAGAUUUGCGGAGCAAUCCAGCACAUUCUCAGCUUUCUCUGUCUAGGCAGACUUUGGAUGCAGGAUCUCAGACAGACAUUUCUGGUGAUGUUGGUGUCAGAAGUAGGUCCAAUUUAGCUGAAAAGGUCAGACUGAGUCUUCAGUAUGAAGAAGCCAAAAGAAGCAUGGCAAACUUAAAGAUUGAGCUGUCAAAGUUAGAAAGUGAAGCUUGGCCUGGGGUGCUGGAUAUUGAGAAGGAAAAGCUGAUGCUGAUUAAUGAAAAAGAAGAGCUUCUGAAAGAACUUCAGUUUGUCACUCCAUGUAAGCGCACUCAAGAUGAAUUGGAGCAUCUAGAAACAGAAAGGAAAAGGCUGGAAGAGGAACUAUCUGUGAAAAGCACACCUAGUGAAACGCUUACAGAGAGGUUAAAAUUGGAAGAGAGAAGGAAGAAAUUACUUAAAAAACUUGAAGAAACCACUAAACUAACUACUUACUUGCAUUUGCAGCUUAAAAGUCUCUCUGCUAGUACAUUAUCUGUGUCUUCAGGAAGCAGUCUGGGGUCCCUGGCAUCCAGUCGAGGGUCUCUGAACACAUCCAGCCGAGGAUCACUAAAUUCCCUUAGCUCUACAGAUCUGUAUUAUAACCAAGGGGAUCAAACCACAGACUUGGACUAUCAAUAUAAACUGGACUUCAUAUUGCAAGAGAAAUGUGGUUACAUUCCUUCGGGCCCCAUCACCACUAUUCAUGAAAAUGAGGUGGUCAAUUCCCAUGGAAGAAUGGGAUAUAGUGAUUCCUCUAGCUCUUUGGCUACAAGCCACGCCCCCAAAUUAACUGAACCUCCCAAAUCUGUGACAUCACUGUCUUCAAGAUCCUCUCUUUCCUCCUUGUCCCCUCCUGAAUCUCCCUUGGUUUUGGAAGGUACAUUCUCAGUGCCUCCUCAAGACUCUCCUUUGCACCAUCUCACCACAGACUUUGAGGACUGUGAUUUACCCAGUGACUUUGCAGGCCUUAGCCUUUGUGAGAACCAAAUGCUGUUGGACUCUGAAGCUAGUGCAUCUUCUCAGUCACUUGCGGAUGAUAAAGAACUCAGUGAAAGCAUUAGGCAGACCAUGUCACCUUCAAGAAAUACAGGUGUUGACUUACCAAGAAGAGCUGCAAGUCGCCUGCUUGAAAAGAAGGCAGGAUGUGUAUCUGCAGCAGUGUCUGAUGAAUCUGUGGCUGGAGACAGUGGUGUAUACGAAGCAUCUGUCAAACAACCAAAUGAUAGUGAAGAAGUUACAUAUAGUGAAGAUGAUACCACCAUUCUCGAAACGGCUCAAGUACAAAUAGGACUCAGAUAUGAUACAAACAGCUCAAGUUUUGUGAUAAUUGUGGUGCAGUUACAAAAUCUUCAUGUUCUUUCUAUACCCCCUGGCUCCAAAGUGUAUUUUAGAAUUGCUAUGCUCCCAUCUUCCACAGAUAUCAGCUGUUUGUUCCGCACUAAAGUCCAUCUUGCUGCUGAAUCUCUCUUAUUUAGUGAGAUGUUCAGAGUAGCCAUUUCCCAGGCAUCUUUGCAUCAGAAGACUCUGAGAGUGGAUGUCUGCGCCGUCAGUAAAAGUCGUAGGGAAGAAUGCCUAGCUGGAACCCAGAUAAGCUUGGCAGACUUGUCAUUAUCAAAUGAGACUUCUACUCUGUGGUAUAACUUGCUAGCUUGCAAACAGAUUUCUGGCAAAAGAAAGGAGCAAAAAGAGGAUCCUAUAUUUGUACCAAGCAGUCGGUCAUCAGGCUCCUUGGACUUGGAUGCUGUGUCGGCUUUACUUGAGAGAACAUCAGCUGAGUUGCAAGCAGUAGAACAAGAGCUGGCAGAAGAGGAGGAGGAGGGGGAGGAAGAGGAGGAGGAGGAGGAGGAGGUACAGGAACCACAGAGUGCUGAGGAAGACUGGCCUUAUCAGUUCAAAGGGAAACUUGGGUGCCUUUGUUUUCACAGGCUAGGAAUGCUGGCAGAGGCAUCUACUGAGACUGUGACAGAAGAAAAAGACAAAGAGGCAGUGGAAGAUGGAUAUGCAGAGGACAAUGAAACAUUUUGCUCUAAACUGGUAGAGGCAGAGAAAAUAAAGGAUGGGGAAGAAGACAGCCAUGCCAAUGUGCAUCUCAAUGAGCCAGCCACAGUAUUGCCCACACUGGUUGAUAAAGAAACUAACACAGAGGAUGGAACUGAGAGUGUGGCUGUCCGGCCCAAGGACAGAGCCAGCCUGAAGUCUCAACAGCAUCCCUUUGUCAGGAACAGCAUGAUUGUGCGUUCACAAACCUUUUCUCCAGGCGAGCGGAACCAGUACAUCUGUAGGUUGAACAGGAGUGAUAGUGACAGCUCAACAUUGGCCAAAAAGUCACUCUUUGUGAGAAACGCCACAGAACGGCGGAGCUUGAGAGUUAAAAGGCCGGCUUGCCAGCCCAACAUGAGAAGAGCAACACAAGAGCAUCCUGCCUGUACUUCUCUUGACUUGGAGCUAGAUCUCCAGGCCUCUCGCACACAACAGAAUCGGCUGAAUGAUGAACUGCAGACGCUUCGUGAUCUUAAGCAGAAGCUUGAAGAGGUGAAAGCAAGAGGGGAGACGGAGCUUCCAGCAUGUGUGCUAGAGGAUGAAAGAUUCCAAAAGCUCUUGAAACAAGCAGGAAAACAGGCUGAACAAUCAAAGCAGGAAAAGAAACAGGGUUUAAGUGCUGAAAAAUUGAUGAGGAAAGCUUCGAAGGAUGUGUGCCGGUUGCGAGAACAGAGUCAGAAGGUGCCGUUACAGGUGCAGUCAUUCAGGGAGAAGAUUGCAUACUUCACAAGAGCAAAGAUCAGCAUACCAUCUCUGCCAGCAGAUGAUGUCUAACUAGUUCUCCCCCCCUCCACCCCCACGAGGUGUUUUUCUACUCGUUCACCUCUUUCUCUUUUUUUUUAGAUGAAAAUUUUUGUAGUGUCAUUGCCUGGUUUUAAAACCUUCUAUUUUACAUCCAUCUAUAGAUAUUGUUUGUAAAAAUUGAGUAAGUUGUGUUCAGGUUUUUUUGGUUGUUUUUUUUAAGGCAAGAAAAAGUGUGCUCCCUCUUCUCCCCUGCCCAGAUCUUCCACACCAGAAAACCAAAGUAGAAUACUUCUGGUACACUGAUGCGAAUUUUGUACAGUUUGUAUGUAUUGCAGUUGUGCUACUAUUUUGUAAAGAUGGAUCUAAGGAACAAAGGCAGUACCAAGUGUGUAUAUCCUGUUGAACUGCACUGUGUUGAGAAAUAUUAUGUUCAACAGGAGGUUUUGUCUCACUGUUUUGUUUGGGGGUUUUUUAACAAGAGCAGACUGUGAAGAUGGCUUUUAGGCCAUGCAAUAUUUUUGUACAAAGGCAACAAAUGCAUGCUCCUCUUCUAAAACAGCAAGGCUGCCUCAUGCCAGGUGCUGUUUAGAAUUCUGUCAGCUGCAUUUGGGACUUUAAACUGAACUUUCUGUCUUUGGUAUGAAGGAAGAGGCAUGAGAUGCUAAGCUGCAAGAAUAUCAUUUUGCGAAUGUACUGGACUUUGGGCUACACUUCAGUUUUCAGGUCACCUUGCAUGUGAGACCUGGGGAGAGAAUAUUGCCCUAUAACCCUGAAAUGUGUUAAACUGAAACUACCCAAAGGGCAGCUGUUUUCUGAAACUGGACUCAGAUUCACACACAAAGUAUUUAAAGCUGAGUAGUCAAAUACUUAAAAGGUAAAACUAACAAUUGUAACAUUAUAUGUCUAGUACUACAUCCAGUAUCCUGUAGGAAUAGUAACAUUUAUAGAUUCCUAACUGACCUGUGCAAUUUCAAAGGAGUGGUUCUUAGAAAUCCAUUAUCUAAGUACCAAAUAUAUUAUUAAAAAUUAAGGAAAACCUGUGACAUGGAGCACUUAAAAUGGUGUUUUAGUAGGCUAAAGAUUAAAUACACCAGGCAGACUGAUUCCUAAAUUAACUGAGGCACAAUAAGUAUGGUCAAAGUAUGCUACUAGAAUGUAGUUUGUUUAAACAGGCAUGUGUGAUGAAAAAAGGAUAAAGACAAUAUGAAUGUGCUUGUCAGAGUCUGAAUUGGAAAAACGUUCUGGUUAGUCUUCAAAGCAGCAUGUGUAUACACAUAUACACUUGUAAGUGUAACCUAACAUGUCCACUUCCUAUGGUCUCUGAGAGUGGCUGAGCAGCUCUGAUGUCACAGUGGAGCUUACAGGCAGAAGGUUCUUCAUUAUGCCUGCUGUUGAUUUGGCUACUGUGAUGUCACAGAGCAUGAUGUGACAACCAUGACAACGUAGCGGAUUGUUCAGGGAUACUGGAAGAAUUUGUGUUCUAGCAAGAAUGAGCAACUUUUGCUAAAUUAUGGCUGCAGUUUUAUGCACACAUGCUUGGAUGCAAGCUCCACUGAACUCGGUGGGACUUAAUUUCUGAGUAUGCAUUUAUAGAAUUGGGCUGUACACCAUAUAAAUACAGCUUACAGACCAUGGGUUUUCAGAUCACAUCUUGGUGCAAAUUGGAUGGACGAUCUUUAAUGAACACAAAAACGUGACUCUUCCUGUUUAUGUAGGGGACACAUACAUGAAAAAAUGCUACAUGUGAAAUCUACCUAGAAGACAAUAAGGCUUGAGCUAUCUGAACAUUAGUCAAGCCCACUAAUACGUAAUAUUUUAUUUUUUUACCAGAAUGUAAUAGUCUUGUCGGAAGAUUAAAAGUUCAUAACUACAAUAUGCUUGUUGCCAUCUUCAGAAUCACUGCUGAAAAAAUACUGUGCCUUAAUUUAUUUUUGUAAAUUUCCCCAAGGGUUCUCAUAUUAUGCACAAGCCUUUGUAGUUAAGAUCCUUCAAGUCUUACUUCAGACUCAGAGGCAGCCAGUAAAUUAAAUGUGCCUGAUAUUUCAUAGGUACCCCUUUUUGUUUUACCUCCACUUUAGAAGUAAAAUAAACCCAUAUAUGCCAUUCAUUCUGAUGAGGUCAAUCUCUAAAAGUGAAAGUCUGAAAAUUAUUUAAUAAAGAAAUGAAGGUUGACUGUUUCAGCUUCUCAGUUUGGCAGUAUAAAAUGUUUGUAGUAUGUAUAGAGUUGUACCAUGAUUUAUUUAUUUUCAGUCUUAUUUAUGUACUGCUUAAUAUAGUUCAGUUCUGGCCAUUUAAGAUUUGCGGGUUAAAAAAGCUACUGUGAGAAAUGUAUACAGCUUUCUAGUUUCUUGACAGACAAGCUGUUUUUUAAAAUAUAUACAUGUUUAAUUUCAGAGGGAAAGCAGAAAGGCUUCUCUCUGAUAAAUUGUGAAUAUUGACAAGAAUAAUUUAGGCUGUUUGCAAAUUUUGCUCAUCUUUAAAAUUAAAGAUAUCUCCUGUGCAUUAA